CGCCUCUAUUAAUUGAAAAGUGUCUUUGUUGCGACUGGACUUUGCUCACCCUUCUGUGACAUAAUCCAGCAUAAUCAUUGACCUCAGCCAAAGUUCCCAAACGCGGGCUAUUCAAUUUGCGUCUUUGACCUCCCGAUUUGCUCUGCAGAACGUUUGAUAUGGAGUUCAAGCUUCCAAUAUCGCAACUGGCCAUGACUUUUGUGCCAUGUUUGCUUGUUUUCCUCACUGUUUUCAUGAGCAGGAAGAGUUACUUCUUGGUGUGCGGCCUCCUAUGCUUUUUCUAUAGUGUGGGCUACACCGUAUUCCCUGAGCAUCUUCUCAAGUUAUCCCUUGGGCGGUUGGCUGGUCUGACCAUUGAUCACUGGACACAAUAUGUCUUGCAGCAAUUGGGAGUGGUUGCAUUUGGGACAUGUUGCGUCUUCUUUUUCUACCGGAAUUCAAGUGAUGAGCGUGUCAGCAAAUUGGUUCUGUCAACAUUUGCACAGGCAUUGGUGGGGGAAUUGGUGGCUUUUGGAUGCUUACAGAUGAGGGUUUCGAAAAAUGUCCCAGUUCUUAGCAAAGAUGGAAAACUGAUGCCUGCAACUGGUCUGCAGCUUCCUUCUGAGGAUUUCUGUGUCAUGUAUUCAGGAGUCACCAUUUUCCUCAUCACUACUCUGGCACACUAUCUGAGAAGUCCAUCUCCAAAACCCCAGGCUCCUGCAAGAUAUGAUACCCAGAUGGGGGUUCACAGGACUAUCCUCAGCUACAGCUUGUUGUUUUCUGCCUUGAAUUGUCUGACGAACGUUGAAUUGACAUUGCAACUCUUUUCGGGGAGUGAGGCCAAGGUCCGAGUGGAUGAUUUCAUUUGCUUCACUGCCCAGUUGAUGGGAGUGAUCCUUUUAGCCCAGGUAUCAAUGGUUCAAGGUUCCGCUGAUUUCGUCAACAAAGAUGACCAGGCAGCCAUCUUCAAGAGCAAUGCUGUUUUGAUGCUGGUAUCCUUGGGUAUCAGCGCAUACCAUGCUUUCCAUGUUAUGAAGCUCCCUACCAAAUUGUUGGUGGCCUGCACGAUUUUCGACGUCGGUAUUCUGAUCAACAGUGUUGCUGCGAUCGUUCGUGCGAGUGGGAUGGAGCUUGACUUGAAAGAAUCCAAGAAACGAAAAUAAACGCUCGCAGUACCUGAUUGAGGAUUGUAACGAUUGUAUAAGGCCUCAGCCAUUCAUUUAAAAUGUGAAAUUGAAUUUGAGGUUUUUCACUUAUUAAAAGAAUAUGCUUUAUAUAGCCUAAACAUUGCUGUUGUGUACACCAAUAUAGAUAUACUCUAUAGAUCAGUUUUCAUCCCAUAGACUUGAUAUCACAUGUAAGAGGUAAUAUAUCCAUAGAGUCCAUAGUGUUAUUUACCAUUCACUUCAUGAAAUAAACGUGGAGAAAAAUAUUUGGCAAUGAAAUUAAACAAAAAAUUAGAAUCAUAAUUUAUCAAGCAACUAGUGGUUUUUUUUGUCUGAAUGAUGAGAAUUGAUCCGACCUGACUAUUAUUUUACCAUUGUUUUUGUUAAUACCUUCAUCUUAUCUUUGUAAUUGGUCAGUAUGGAAAUGCAGGGAUAUAAGUCUUUUUUGAAUAUUCGUUGUUAGGCUUGUCCUGUAUCCUCAGUGAUUUAAAAAAGUUCUCUCAAAUGCUGGAUUGUAAUAAAGGACAAAACCCAGAUGUAUCUAUCCCUUUGCAUGUAUGAUGUUGACUAUAUAUUUGAUGUUGUUUUUAAAAUGUAAGUGUAUACAGGGUGUCAAACAUUCAUGUAACACGCAAUUUUGACUUGUUCAAACACUUUCGUUUGUAACAUUUGAUGUGUAUUUUACACGUACACUAACAGUUAUAAAAAUUCGGAUACCUGCAAAAAAGGUAGCUCACCCAAAAGUUUUAUAUGUAUUGGUACAUGUAAGUUUCGUAUUGUGUUUUUGUGACACCCUGUACACAAGGGAGGUGCUAGAUAAGUGCACAUGGCAGCUCUCGCAACUCACUUUGAGUUAUUCAUCAUUAAAUCAUUAUUCAUGCUGUAAUACAUAUAGGAUAAUACAUGUACACAUAUUGUCGUUCAUUUUCUGUAUUUCUGCAUAUGACAUUUAGCACAGGCUUAUAGGGAAUUUAUUAUCUGCUUUGCAUUAGUUUGUUUAUUUGAUAGCCUUAGCUUCUGCAAUGUUUCAAAGUGCACAAGUGUGCUGUAAGAGACUACCUCAAAAUAAGAUUGGAGUGAACUUGUGUAUCAUAUCAAGCAGGGCUUUUUUGGUGGUACAUCUCCUAAUACGAUCUUAGUUACAAUACACCACUCAUCAUCAAGCACAACUUCAAGUAUGUACCAGUGUAGAUGAACCAAGUCCCAGAAAAUCAUGAGGUGUGCCAAAUUUACUCUUUUGAUCGAAGUACAUGUGGUUAUACCAUGACAUCUAUCAUAAUGUAUAAAAAAAACCACAGCUGUUUUAAUAUCUUCAUUCACUUUACAUCUGUGCAGUAAAAUGGUUAACAGUAGCAUUAGUACUAGCAUUUAGAAUACCCUGUAGUAAUCUGACACUUAUUAGAUUCGUGAUUCAUACAUGUAGACAUUUUUGAGUACAUGUAUACUCAUUCGUUAUUCAUUUUCAUGACAUGAAAUUUGUCAUUUACAAUGUAUUCACUUUUUAAAGCUUCACAGUAUACUUUAUGUCUUUGAAUCAUACAUGUACGUAGAUGUGUUGUAGUUGAUUGAAUAAAAUCUGUGUCAUUUUCUUGUAGGAUUAGCUUUUACCCCUUUACAAUACAUACUUGACACUCCUCAAGCAUUUUUUGAUGACAACAGACCUCCAUUUCAGCAAAAUCUGAAAGAAAUUUUUCUUUUUGAUUUUUUAGGACCGUGGAAAUAAAGUGGUUUAUAUAAUACGUACCUAUAAUGAGGCCAUCUGGCAUUAGCAGCAUGUACAGAAACAGCAGUAAUUGCCCCACAUAUCAGUUUGAAUUCAUAGAAUAUUAGUUGUGCACGUAAAUCAUUGGUUGUUCUCCGUCAUAAAUCUUUACACAAGGAUUCUUUUAUUAUGUGCCAUAAGGGGUUUUGUACUGCAUACAAAUUAUUAAAAACCGGUAUAAAUGAAUUUCAUGUUAAAAAAAUAAUUUCUCAAAAGUAUUUAUAGGAGGACAAGCAUAAUGCCACAUCAUUACUACAUUUACAUGUAUCAGGUGUUUGUUACAGUGUCAGUAUUGGUACAGAUUGUACAAGUAUUCAAUGUAAAUUGUUCGUCUCUAUAUUAAAUGUUAACUGUAAAA